UUGGUAUGAAAUUGUUGUUUUUCAUAUUAUUAAGGAAAUUCAAUCGUUGCAAAGGUAUUUAUUUUGAGAUCGUUUUUUCCCGUUACUUUUGUAAGCUCAAACAGUUAGAGUCGUAUUUUCUUUGGAUUUUUCUUUCUGAAGAUACCGUAGCAAUUUCUUUCACGGUGGUUUUAGUACGGCAUGUUCAGUUGUCACUCACUUUCAUUUCAACACGUUGACAGGAAGGAAUUGUCAGCUCGUCAUCAUUUGCUCGUUUUCAGCAUGUUAAUUUGUGUCCCGCCACAGAAAUUGAAUAAAUACCUACACCAGUAGGAACUAUACAUUCUAACGGGCACAUCUCGGCUUGUUCACUGAUCCAAACAUAAUUCAAUUUCUCACGAAACUCCGGGAUUGGAAUCAGACGGACAAGAUGGCUGAAACUGCAGGCGAGCUGAAAGUUAAGAGGAGAACGGCAAAAGGGAAGCUCACAAGGGGUAUGAACCAACUACAGGCCCUUUUGAACACUGAAAGAUCCAUCAAGGAGGUAGAUGAGAGCUAUCACGAAUUCCGCAAACUGUAUGAAAAUGUGGAGGCAAAACAUGAUGCCUAUUCUGAGGUUCUCGAUGACAACGCGUAUGAAGCAGAGCAGGCGUGGAUGGAGGACUGCAUGAAUAGCUUCAUGCAGAUGAAGGUGAAGGUUGUGGACUAUGUAGGCAAUAGUACCGGCGCGGAUGACACGGUUGACACCACAAGAGAAGCUGAAAGCCCAAGGUCAGAAGUGAGAAACACAACAACAUGUCAUGUACAGAUAGAGAAACCAAAGUUGCCACGUUUCUCAGGAGACAUCAGAGAGUACCAGACCUUCAAAUCGGACUUUAAACAUCUUAUCGAGUCCAAAUACUCGGAGAGGGACUGUAUAACCAUUCUGCGUACUAGUUUACAAGGCAAAGCACUUGAAGUGAUUCAAGGCAUAGGAACAGACUACAACGCAGCUUGGGAGCAACUAAAUGUCAUCUACGGUGAUCAGAGGAAUGUCGCAGAUGCUGUCAUCUACGACAUCACAAAGUUCAAGAACUUGAAAGACGGCGAUGAUAAAGGGUUCAUUGAACUAGCAGGAUUAGUGAGGAGGAGCUACAACACUCUGAAGGAAAUCAACAAGGAGGAGGACAUGAACAAUUCUCACAUGUUGUCAUUGAUAGAGCGAAAGCUUACGAAUGAAGAUCGUAAAAUCUGGUUACGUCAACAGAAGUCACCAACUUUGAAGUGCUUAAUGGAAUGGUUGAGCCAGGAGUUGCAAACUCGUAUCAGGGCAACUGCAUCGAUUCGAGAAGGAAGGUCAGAUAGCAAGCCAAGGCAGGGUGCCUUCAUACACCAUCUGACACAGGAGGACAAAGGAAAUGAAGGUCGCAAACCAGACUUUAAGUGUUGGCUCUGUAAAUCCAAUGAUCAUUGGGUCGAUAAGUGUCAGAAGGUCGUUAAGAUGAGCCAGCAGGAGAGGUACGAGUUGAUGAAGGAAAACAGGGCUUGUUUUAGCUGUCUGAAACGGGCUGGCAAGGAACAUCGGAUGACUACAUGUCGGAGAAGAAAGAAGUGUGAUCGAUGUUCUUCCUUUCACCAUCCUUUGUUACAUUCAACCAUAAAGAUCCAGGAAUCUACUGUGGAUGUUGCAAGCACCGGAUCGAGUGAAACUCUUCUGCCAAUUCUUACAGUCAAGGUUCGUGGUCCAAAGGGAGCGGUCAUUGGCAACUGUUUAUUGGACUCGGGUUCUCAGGUGACACUCAUCAGAAAGGGAGUAGCAGAGAAGCUCAACCUGGAGGGUGAUCCGGUUCAAAUAGUGAUCACAAAGAUCGGCGGAGAUAGAGAGACUACUAAUUCUAAGUGGUAUCGGGUGAAGGUAGAGUCUUUGGACAAUCAUCGAGUUGUUAAUGUUAAAGCUAUUGGACUAGAUGUGAUCAACGACAACAUCAGAAGUGUUGAAGUUCGGGAGCUUGCAAGGAUCUUCGAUCUUGAUAAGCUCAACAGAGGAGACGGGUCAGUUGAUCUACUCAUCGGUGCUGAUUAUGCAAGACUACAUCUUGGUGACGUCAAGUCAAGAGAAAGAGGACAUCUAGUGGCUACGCGAACUCCACUAGGUUGGGUGGUAUUUGGCGGCAAGCCAGGACAGAGCAGUGGAAGUGUACUUAAUGUACAGGUGGUUGGAAAUCCUAUUGACCUGCAGGAUUUCUGGACGACGGAGUCCAUGGGUGUGGCAUGUCCAGCUAUGGAGACAGAUGAACAGAAGUUAAUCACCAAGGCCUGUCAGAAGAAAGGACAGCAGUGGCUGGUACCGUACCCAUGGUUGAAAGAUCCUAGAGAACUUCCAGACAAUAAGGUUCUAGUGGAGAAAAUGCUCUGUGCUACUGAGAAAAGGCUGAUGAAGGAUGCAGAGCAUGCAAAGGCCUAUGACCAUCAAAUCAAGGAGAUGGUUCAGAUGGAUUUUGCUAGGAAGCUAACGGCUGAGGAGAUGGAGUCGUACAACGGUCCUGUGCAUUACAUCCCUCAUCACGCCGUAUUGAGACCAGAGAAAAAGAGCACACCGAUACGAAUUGUCUUCAACUCUUCAUCAGUGUAUCAAGGCAAGUGUCUCAAUGAUUUCUGGAUGAAGGGGCCUGACCUGUUGAACAAUUUGUUUGGAGUCAUCAUACGAUUUCGGGAGAAGCCAGUAGCAGUCUGUGCGGACAUCUCCAAAAUGUAUCAUAGGGUGCUGAUACCGGAAUCUGAUCAACACGUACACAGAUUCUUGUGGAGAGACUUGCAAGUUGAUAGAAAGCCUGAUACCUAUGUGAUGCAAGUUGUUACCUUCGGUGACAAACCGGCUUCAGCAAUGGCGCAGACAGCAUUGAGGCUCACUGCAGAAGAGGGACGCACUCAGUCCCCAGAGGCUGCAGAUGUGUUGAAGAGAGACUCAUACAUGGAUGAUAUCUGCACAUCUACAAAUACGAGAGAGGAAGCUCAAGCCUUAACUGAGAGCAUUGACAAUAUUCUCGCUAAUGGUGGGUUUAAGGUGAAAGGCUGGACUUCAAGCACACAGCUAAAGGGAGCAGGAGGAGAUGAAAUGGAGAAAACUCUGAUGGAGAGUCUAGCAGAGGAAAAGGUGCUAGGAGUCUUCUGGGACAGAAAAAGGGAUGAGUUCUCUUACAGGGUGAAAGUUGAGAAGUUCUUGGAUAAGGAGCUAACCAAGAGAAUCAUCCUAGGCCAGGUUUCUCGAAUCUUUGAUCCGAUUGGCUACACAGCACCGUUUGUCAUCCGAGCAAAGAUAGGACUACAGAAGAUGUGGGAAGCUGGCUAUGACUGGGAUGCAGUUCUUCCAGAGGAAUGCCAGAUAGAGUGGAAGAGAUUCUUUCAAGAGAUGGAAGAGCUCAAGGAAGUAACGUUUGAGAGAUGUUUGACUCCGAAGGAUGUAGUUGGGAAGCCGCUACUAUGUAUCUUCAGUGAUGCAUCAAUGCACGCCUUCGGAGCAUGUGCAUACCUGAGGUGGGAGACGGAGGAUGGAGACUACAAGACAAGAUUUGUGGCAGCGAAAUCACGAGUGGCACCACUGAAGCCACUGACGGUUCCGCGCCUUGAACUUCAGGCUGCAGUUCUUGCCAGCCGACUGUACAAGACGAUAGUAGAGCAGCUGACGAUGGAGAUAGAUGAUGUCAUCCUCUUUACAGACAGUAUGAUAGCCCUCUCAUGGGUGAGGUCUAAGGCAAGGAACUUCAAGACGUUCAUUGCUACUAGGGUAGGAGAGAUCCAGAGCAACACAGACCCCAGCAAAUGGCGACAUAUCUCAGGAGUAGACAACAUAGCAGAUGUGUUGUCAAGAGGACUGAAGGCAAGUGAACUGAAGGGUUCAUGGCAACACGGUUCAGACUUCCUACAACAGUCAAGAUCUGAUUGGCCUGAGGAAGUGAAGGUUCUUACGAAUCUACCUGACGUUGAGAAGGAGAGGCGUCAUGAGAAGACGGUUCUAGCUGUGGGUUUAAGUUGUGACCUAAUCGAUUAUGAGAGGUUCUCCAGCUGGAGGAAACUGGUCAGAGUCGCAACAUUGGUGUUAAAGUUUGUGAAGAAACUAAAGGCUAGACGGGGAAAUCAGGAGAAAGAGACCAGUAAAGGAAUGACUCCCGCAGAACUAGAGGAGGGAGAAAGGUACAUCAUCAGAGACGUACAGAAAGGCAUGGAAUCACGAAUCAAGAAGGGAGAACUGAAGUCCUUGAGUCCCUUCAUUGAUGACUAUAGAGUCAUUCGAGUAGGAGGCAGGAUAGAUAAAGCGAUGACAUCAUUCGAGCACAAGCAUCCUGCUCUUCUUCCGUAUGGACAUCAUGUUUCCAAGCUGAUUACUCGUCAUGUUCAUGAGAUGAGUCAUAGUGGAGUAGCUGCAACAAUGGCAAAGAUAAGGCUAAAGUACUGGAUUCUACGGGGCCAUAAACUUAUCAAAACGCUCAAGUACAGGUGUACUAAAUGCAGAGCUUUUCUGCAAAAAACUGAGACCCAAGAAAUGGCCCAGCUACCUAGGGAGAGAUUAGCUCCGAAUACACCACCGUUCCACUUCACAUCGUGCGAUUACUUCGGGCCACUAACCGUGCGAGUGGGACGCAACAAGACGUCGAAGCAUUACGGAGUCAUCUUUACCUGCUUGAACACAAGGGCCGUUCAUCUCGAGCUGGCAGUAGAUUGCAGUGCCAUGGAGUUUAUGCAGGUACUGCAGCGUUUUUUUCGCUGUGAGAGGACAACCGGCCAGCAUCCUAAGCGACAACGGCACUCAGUUUGUCGGUACUGA